AUGGCGUUCCACGUCAAGAGGACAAGAACUGUCGAACAGAAACCUCUGAAGCAAUACAACGGUAUACGAUCUACUAUCUGGGCUCCUCCUGAGCCCGGUAAGUCCGUCCGCGAGAUACAGACGACGCAUAGGCCCAUUGACUUGCAGAAAAUACCUGACAAGCUCAACUACCUGACACCCCCGCUCCACUGGCACUGGUACCAAGACGAGUUUUUUCACAUCAGAGAAGGCCGUUUCAUCUUCACCCUCGAAGGUCAAAACAUGACUAUAUCUGCCUCUGACCCGCAGCCGAUUCGCGUACCAGCCGGCGCUCGUCAUACGUUCAGAGUAGAUGACACUCACGCAGGACCAUGCACGAUGGAGAUCUCCGCCCCUGUUUUGCCCCGAUCGCCCACGAGCUCACCCGAAGCAGAGGGUGUGAGCGAGAGGUUCUUCCGCAACCUCUACUCCUACUUGGACGAUUGCUAUGUGCAAGGUGCCAGUCCUAGCUUGUUCCAAUUGCUCAUCUUCUUGGACUCUGCCGAAACAUCUUUGGCUUUUCCUGGGCCUGGUUGGCUUGUCAGACCUGCGAGUUGGCUGCUGGGCGUCGUGCUGGGAAGGUGGAUCGGUGGCUUCAUUCUGGGAUACCGGGCCAGCUAUGAGGAGUACUGGAAGGAUUCUGAGCUGAAGGAAGACUGA